CGAACAUAAAUACAACCAUGAACACAACAUCUGGAACAAUGACAAACCCAACAGUGACGACAACUCCGAACAUAAACACAACCAUGAACACAACAUCUGGAACAAAUACAAGCACAACAAUGACGACUGCAACGACCACACCCACAUCUUCAUCCAGUAACAUAUCCACAGCUGCCAUUUCCACUUCACCCCAAAGCACAACAAUUACAACAACUGCUCCCAGGCCACCAACCAUCUUGACAAGUAGCCCUAUGGCACUUACAGGCCCCGUGUCAGUGGCUCAUUUCAAGAUGACAAUAAACGUGGGCAACGACAUCAGCAAUGCCACGAUAAUCGAACUCGUCGAAACGUUUUUCAGGGAACGCAUUCCGAAUGGAAACGCAUUCGCCCUCAAUGUCACCAACAUUCAGGGAAAUCCCCAGUAGAAGAAGAAGAAGAAGAAUUGGACUUAGUUGAUCAGAUAUACAAUGUGACAUUUGUCUCCGAGUUCAACCCACCCCACUAAGAAGCGGUGAGCAGCCACUGUGCGGAGCCCCGCGGGGACCAAAUAUCGGUUGUUGUGUGGUCGACCCUGGGGCAACUGUAUCGCUCAAGGACACACGAGCAGUGAGUAGGAUGGACCACUGGAUGACUGUUAGAAGUUAUCACAAAACUUUGUGUUGCCAUGAGUUCCCGGCGAGCUGACAAAAACUGUCUUUGAUCUUACCAAUCAAAAGGCUUGUAAAACUCCACUGUGUAGGAUGGGAAGCGACACGAAGGUGUCGGUUUCUUUGAUGUAUUGUAAUCCACAGGAAGAGUUUGUCUUGACCCGAGAUCUACAAAGCGGAGAGGCACCUUUUCUUUGAACUGUUUUGUGCAUAAGGCAACGGCUGUUUACGACCCCUGUCCCUUUGGAAACAUUCGUUGCCAUGUAAUCAGGAAAAGUCCAAAUAAAAGAGGAGGCGUACAAUCUUUCG